AUGCUCCUUAAGCCAAAGUAUGGCCGCUUUCGCAACGAGUCUGUGACCUCCUCCGACGACCUGAUGCAGAGCUUAGCCAUGAGCGGCAAAGUUGUGGCCACACCGGUGGUCUCCGUCUCCGCCACGAGCCUUCCUCUGCCUCCCCUGCCUCCCCUGCCUCCCCUGCCUCCCCUGCCUCCUCUGGAUCACAGUGGAACCAGAUCAUCCUCCUCUGCCGGGGCUGCAGCCCUGGCCGACUCCCCUUGCCUGGAUGGGGAACAGGAUGCCACCACGACGUUCUGCAUGCUCAUCCCCAGGAUGCCCCAGUGGAAGUUCUCCAACUCCCUGCUCAGCCGAAGCCCGUCCAACUCCAGCUCCAGCUCCAGCUCUAGCAAGGACUCGGGGAAGGCAGCUCCUCCCCAAGCCUCUGCCUCACACAGCUCAUCAUCACACAGGCACAGUGGUGCGACCUCAGCCAGUGGCCCGGUGGCCAGUCUCGCGGCGGUGCUUAACUCCUGUGACCCUGUGUGUGUCACCCCCUGUUCCUUGCAGGCUAUUCGAGGGCAGAGAGCAGUUUCAGCUGCAAACUCGGCCAGUCAAGGGGGUCACGGAUUUUGGGCCACAGAGGCCACGGCGAGCCCUGGGUGUUCCAGCAGCUCCAGGUCAGGAAUGAACCGCAGGACAAGGGUGGAAGGCAUGUGGCUGGGGGGAGAGGACUUCACCCAGAAGGGUAGCUGCAUCCACAAACCCUCUCAAGGCUGGCUGCACCCUGACAAGACGAUUGCAGGACCGGGGGCCUCUUAUAUUGUCAGGUACAUGGGCUGCAUCGAAGUAUUGAAGUCAAUGCGCUCCCUGGACUUCAACACGCGGACUCAGGUGACAAGGGAAGCCAUCAACAGGCUGUGUGACAUUGUGCCAGGCGGAAAGGGAGCUUGGAGGAAGAAGGCCCAGAACAAAGCUCUCCAGUCUGUUAUGGGGAAGAGCAACCUGCGAUUUGCAGGCAUGAGUAUUGCAGUCAAUAUUUCCAUAGAUGGCCUUGGUCUGCUUAUCCCUACCACACGACAGGUGAUAGCUCACCAUCCCAUGCAGUCCAUCUCCUUCGCCUCUGGCGGAGACGCAGACACGCCUGAUUAUGUUGCGUAUGUGGCCAAAGACCCAGUGAAUCAGAGAGCAUGUCACAUCCUGGAGUGCUCAGACGCUUUAGCCCAGAGUGUCAUCAGUACCAUCGGCCAAGCCUUCGAGCUGCAGUUCAAACAGUACCUGCACAGUCCUCCCAAAACCAUGGCGUCCAUGGAGAGGUCUGUCAGGGCGGAAGAGCCGAUGUGGGUGGAGGAGGAGGACUUCUCUGAGCAUGAUUACUACAACAGCAUCCCAGGGAAGGAGCCUCCUGUGGGGGGAGUGGUGGACUCCAGGAUCAGGCCCAGUGGAGCCCUGCUGGGUCACAUCCACACACAACCACAGAGCAAGACAGCAGCACAGGGGCUCCCAGCGAGGAGGGAGCAAGCGUCUUAUCCUCCUGGUCAGCUGUGCUAUGAACUGCACUGGGACACUGAGACGACCAGCAGCUCAGCUCUGACAUCCGAUGGUUACCUGUGUGCUGACGGCCAGCCACCAGGCAGCAGAGACUACGAGGAGCAUCAGUACGUGAACACCCAGAGUCUGGAAAACCUGGAAGCACUGGCACAUGGGCCCAACGGUCACAGAGGGUCCAGGGUGCCCGACAGUCCGAAAAAGGACCUCUUUGACAUGAAGCCCUUUGAGGACGCCCUGAAGCUCCACGAGUCCUGCGGUGCAGCUGCAGGAGGAGGUGUGCGGGUCCUGGAGGACCAAUGGCCCAGCCCUCCACGCCGUCGAGCCCCCGUGGCCCCAAACGAGGAGCAGCUCCGCAGGGAGGCGUGGUACCACAGCCGCAUGAGCAGGCGAGACGCAGAGAAAGUCCUCGUCCGAGAUGGAGAUUUCCUGGUCCGGGAGAGCACCACCAACCCGGGACAGUAUGUGCUAACGGGCAUGCACUGUGGCCUGCCCAAACAUCUACUGCUCGUAGACCCGGAGGGCGUGGUCCGAACCAAAGACAUGUUAUUUGAGAGCAUAAGCCACCUCAUCUCGUACCACCUUAAGAACGAGCUGCCGAUUGUGGCAGCAGAAAGUGAGCUCCACCUGAAACAGGUGGUGAGGAGGAAACAGUGAGCCACCUGGACCAGCGUGGGAUGAUGAAUCAUUGCGUUCCCAUGCAAAGAACCACAAAGACAAACUCUGGAAAUGAUUUAUGCUGGAUGGAUUUUUAUCUGGAACAAAGGAUAUCGUCGUUACUUUCUUUCCAUGAACAAUAAGGAGAAGGAUGCGUCUGACGUCUCCUUGUUCUUUCUCUGCCUUCUGCCUCCCAGGAUCAACCAAACUACCCCUCCCCCGUCGUAAACUCCUCAGCAUGCAGCUAUUAAGCUAACAAACCAACCAGAAUCCACAGUUUGACUGAUUCCAGAGCCUGAAAAGUCUACUGUUUGAAGAGGACUUCCAUCUUCGGGAAAUCAAACAAGGAUUUGAUGCACAGAGAGGUGACGUCUCACAGUGCCUGUCAUAGUGAAGUGCUUCCAAGUAUACCACGGCGUGCCCGACCGGUCAACCGCAGGUCAUCCCCCGAACAAAUAACGAAGCAGUCAUAUAAUCUGGAACAGACGCUGUAUGAAAAAAAAACUAAUGCAAAACUACUGUGACUCUAAGAGACAAUGGAAGAACUGUGUGUCGAUGCGUGCUCACAGGUCUGCGGUACCAGGACUCUGAGAUGGCACAAAGGAAACACCUACCACAUACCUUUUCUUUGUUUCUCCAUGAUGAGGCACCAAAUCCCACUUAACAAAGCAUUCAUUUCAUCUUCACAUAGACAGCCUAGUGGACAUACAGGAGACUGUUAUCACAUAUAAACAUCAGUCAUUCACGUUGUGUUUGUAAGGGCUGUUCAUCAUUUGUGUUGUAUAAGUGAACAUUGUCGGUCAGACUCAAAUGAAUACUACGUCCUGGGUUACACACUCAGUAUAUACACAUACAUGCCUGUAUUUCCACAGCUCCUCCAACUUCAGUGCCUUAAUAACUACAGAGACAGGCAUUUGUGUCAGAGUGUAUAUAAUGUGCAUUUAUGCUCCUAACGCAAAACACUACUUUUCUUGCCAUGCCAAUGAACGACUGAACAAACUUCAGGAUGAUUAAGCUCUUAUACGUGUGAACAGUCAUGUAAGCUGCUCUCGCAUUGGAGGUGAACGUUUAAUACCGUCUUAUUGUGUCAUGUGUUGCCCUCACAACAACCCCCUUCAGAGAUUGAUAUAAAACAAAAAAGGGGGGUUUGGAUCCUGUAUGUGUCAGGGAAAGGUUUAUUGUGUCUUUACAUGUCAAUGACUUGCUUGUGCAGUUCUGCUCCUCGGCUGCAGCGACAGUAAGUUCCCAUUUUUGCCAAUCUAAUACGUCUAAAGUCUUACGAGGAGGUAGGUAAUCUGCGUUUUGCAUUAGCAACAUAUCUUUAACCCUCCACUGCUCGUGGCUGCAGCCUCACGAGUGGCGCAGAGAGGCGAGGCGAGCCACACGGCUUUUGGUGAGGUCCAAAUGAUUAAUGUGAUUAUUUCAGAUCUCCCCUUUUGCUUUCUCAGGAAUUUCUUGGAUCUUUUCUUCUUUAAUGGCUUUUUUGUUUUUGUCAAUAAAACCGA